CACUGUCCCAGCUUACCUUCACUCCCCUGUGGCUGACUUGGCAUUUAGGGAUUGUUAUUGAUCAGAGAUGCCAUCUUUCAUUUGUUCCUGUAUUUAAAGUUUGCAUUUUUAUUCCUUUUUAUUGCCUUUGCAUGCAUGCAUUUAGAACCAAUCUGUUUUAUUUCAUGAUUCAAUGGGAGGGUUUUGGGGUUUUUUUAUUCCACUCCUUUUUAAGCAACACUUGUUUGCUACAACUCAGGGUUACAAUUUUUGCCUCAGAAAUGCCCUAAAUAUAGAACAGACUUAUUUUUACUUCAUUAUUUCACCUCUUAAGGUACAUUCAGUGUCUUAUUGGGAGUCCUGAAGAUUUUCUUAAGUUGUCAUCAGGAAAAUAAUUGGCAAGCUACCAAUCAUUUCCUGCUGUGGGGAAGCUGCCAGUGGAAAGACGGUGGAAGAGCUCCUCUGGUCAAGAGCAGGUUUUUUGAUCAUUCAAAAUGUCUACAAAAGGCUUCUUCCUUGCCCAGCAACCCAGAGAAGUGAAAUAAAACUGCCAUGGCACGACACUGAGCACUGAAACUGAACUGAAAGAGCCUGUUGGAGUGCUGGCCUGGAUUUGGGAGGAGCCAAGUAUCCUGGAGCUGUGAGGUUUUUCCUGUCAGAAAUCCAUGGUGGGGAUGUUUUCCCUGGAUGUCCCAAGUGGAAGGAACAGCUUUGGAGUCCUUGCAGCCACAGACAGGGGAUGCAUCACCUAAAAACCUAUUCAGGAUUGUUCAUCUGACUCUGCCUCUGACCUGUAGCUUCCAGGGACCCUCCUGGUCUCCUGGAUAUUCCCAUGAGAGGAUAUUCCACCACCUGCCUUUUGAGUCAGGAAUUCCAGACCCAGCAAGUCAGUGACGUUGCAUGGUGGGGAGAGGGAGCAAACACCCCACCCUGCUGUUUGAGACAUCCCCAGCUGGAAUUGGGGCUGAGCAGUCAUUGCAGAGCUCUGAGGCCACGAGCUCAGCCUUGAAUGGCAUCCCCAGGGAAUGCUGAGGCAUCGAAUGCCUGUGGCACCCGACCACACGUCCCUGAUGUGGAGCAAAAAGAGGAGGGGGGAAGUCCUGGAUUGGGGGAGGAUGUUUCUGGAAUGGAAUUCUCAGGGGUGCUGGUCAUACCAUGGAAUCACGAGCUGCUUUGGCUUGGAAGGGACACAAAGACCCUCUGGACUCUGUUAUCCAAUUCCAUGGCAAAGAACACAUCCCAAAGUGCCUCCUCACCCUCACGGACAGCAGGAAUGUCUUCCAUAGCUCUUGUUCACUAAUAGGAAUGGCUGUUGGGAGCUCUGGCAGGAGCGCCUCGAGACCAGGACAGGAAAAGCCACUUAACUCAUCCCAUCUUUGCCCAGAGCUUUGGUGUUUGAGCAGCCAAACCCAACGGGCUCCGGCCUGCACUGGAGGGCCCCUGGUCCUGCCCGUGGUGUGGGGUGAGUCCCCAGCUGUCCUCAGUGUCACAAACCCAGAGGGAUCUGCCCUGGUGUCAGGCUGUCCCUGCCCUGGCCCCUGCAGUCCUGAGACCCCUGUCCCAAGGGCCUUUGUCACCUUGUCAGGAAUGUGGUGGCAGCCCCGGGAGCAGGGGGAGCUGGGAACUGGGGCAGUGCCUGGCACUGAUCCAGGGCAGGUCAGUGUUUCCCUUGGGGGCUGGCCCCACACCUGGGUUCAGGCAGGAUCAGGGUCACAGGUGCUGCAUUUUGUGCCCCCUGAGAGUUCCUGUCCCCCCUGGGGGUUUCCUGCCGGGCUGUGGCAGCGCAGGGAGCAGAAUCAAACCUGCAGCUCCCGUGGCCACUGCUGGCCUUGGUCUCUCUGCUGUGCCAUCGGACCGUGGCACUUUGCUGCUGUCACUGCCGCUGCCACCCCAGCUGGGGGCUGUGUCCCCCUGGCAGCCCUUCCCAGCCCCACCACGAGCUCCAGCGGUGCCUCUGUGCCGAGCUGGGAGUGUUUGCUGGGAAUGUGCCUCAGCCCUGGCAGUAUCCUUUUGUUCCAGAGCAGACAGGCUCCAGAGCUUUUGGGCUUCUCGGCUUCAGGGUUGGAUUGCAGAAGCCCCUGGAAAGAAGGAUAACAAUGAGGUUUGUCCAGGUGGUGCUUCCAGACCCCACCUGGCAGUCUGUGCUCUGUGUUGGAGGUUGCUGUGCAUUGGCACUGCAGGGAAUGAAUGUCCCCUUCCCAGUUCAGCCCAGCAGAUCCCAAAGGCUCUCUCAGGAAUAUUUAUCCUUUCCUGCCCUGUGUGGUAACUGAAUCUCCCCCUGCCAGGAGCCAUUCCUUGAGUUCUCCUGGAGAAAAGCUCACGGCAGAGGAGUUUGCAAAGGAGCCCAGAGCUGUGUUUGGAGCAGAGAGAGCUGAGAGCUGCGUCUGCCUGUGCUGCCCCAGCCUGGCAGCAUCCUCAUGGAACAGCCUGGGCAGAUGGGAUGGGAUGGAGCAAAAUCCCUUCAUGCAAGAGGUUUUCUCCUGUGCAGAUCAGGCAUGGGGCAGGCAGUGGGCUUUGGGAAGCAGCUGAUUGCCCCAGAAAGCAUCACUGCCACCAGCAUCAAUGACAGCACCUGUGCCCACUGCUCAGGAUUCACCCAGCCAAAAUAAAGGGCAAAGCUUGGUUUGGG